UGGAAACUAAGCCUCCCAACAACUUGCCAGCCAUCUCCUCCCUCCUGGAGAUACAACACUUAAAAGGGUUAACUUGUGAAGUUCAGUUCUUUCCCACUUCCUUUUCCUGUUUCUACGGAGCUUGGAGCUUCAGACUAGAGGGGAGAGUCACAGCAUGUUUUCUCUGACUUUCUGGGCUUCAGCUCUGCUGACUGUACUCAACUGCUGGGCCUGGACUGAUACUCAAGAUGUGUCCAUAGAGCAGCCCUUAAGCCUCGUGACAGCGACCAUUGGAGGUUCAGCAAUACUACAGUGCAGAUCAAAAACUGAUCUCCCCGCUGGGCCAGUGAGGUGGUAUAAGGGCACUGGGCCUAAUAGGACGCUCAUCUUCUAUGACAGAGGGUCAUACACCCGGAUCCAAAAGGUGCAUAACACAAACCGCAUCUUAGACAUCCGCAUAAGCAACAUCACAAGCCAGGAUGAAGGCGUCUACUACUGUAUCAAGUUCCUGAAAAACCCUGAAAGAGAAUUCAGCUCUAGGACUGGCACCCGCCUCGCCAUAAGUGAACACCACAGUUCCAGCGUCCUCGUAGCUGCCGCGGCUGGAUCCGUGUUCCUCAUCCUUACCCUCUCAGUCCUCUGCUGCUACUUCAAGAGACGGAAAGGUCCGAGCCGAUGUUUGGCCAGGCCAGAAGCCUCAAAGAAGAACCAGUCACAGAGAGAGCCAAAAAGGAACAAUGAGAUUGUAUAUGCUGAUCUCCAACCCAUUGGGAAAAAUCCUCAGUCUAAGAGCCCAGUGGAGAAGGGUCUCCAUUCUGAGUAUGCCAUUAUUCAUGUCCAGUAAUUGGGACCCAGCAGAAGCAGCCCCAACAAGAAUGGAAGGACCAAUUUCCAGGGAAUCCUGAGGACUCUCCAGUUCCAGGCAGAAAGAGGAAAGUUGAAGAUUCUUUCAGGGACCUGAAAAUGAAGCCAUGGGGAUCAAUGAGUAGUAGAACCUGUGUGGGAGGCCCAAGUCUGCCAGUGACUAGGCUAUGUAGUUUUAGGCAAAUCCCUUCCCUUCUCUGGUCCUAAUUUCUUCAUCUGUAAAAUAGGGAUAACAACCCCUCAACUUCUUACCUCACAAAGCUUAAAUGAGAUAACAGAAGUAAAGCCCUUUGUAACUAUAAAACCCUAUAUCAAUAUCAUCUCUCCCUUCUGGAAAAAAAAUGUGUUAAUGGUGACCUGGAAGCAGCUCCUCAUCUUCCAGCAAGGCUUGAAACUAUGCACCCCUAAUCCAAUUGGGGUGCCAGGUCUCCUCAGAUCUUUUGGCCUUGGUCUAGAACAGUGGUGUCCAAUGCGCCACUAAUCUAUACAUAAGGAUCCCUGCUGGCUGCAUAUUGGCUUAGUGUUAAAAUGUAAUGUUAUCUUUAUUUUAUUGUAUUUUUAUUUACUUCGUUAAAUAUUUCACAAUUGUAUUUUUCAUCUGGUUCAGGCCACACUCAGGAAGUGACAUCUCUGGCCUAGGACCCUAAAAUGACACAAAAACUCUCUGGAGUUUAUUCUAGGAAGAGAAAUACUUGAUGGAGACCAUCAGAAUAGAGACAAUAGGGGGAUACUUAGCUCAAUAAUAAAUUGGCCAGUCUAGCACCAGGUUGAACCACUGAGCACAAGUGAUCCAUAUGUGGGCCAACAGGGGAAUCCCUAGACAGCAUACAAAACCAUCAAUAACAAACCCUACCUGAUAAAAAUUGAGUCCUUAACAACAAUCCUAAAUAUAUAAAACACACAAGAAGCCUGGUAUAGUGGGAUAGAGAACUAGCUUCCAAGUUAGAAAGACCUAGGUUCAAGUUCCAUCUCCACCACAUACUGGUUGUGUGUCCCUGGACAGCUCACCUAACCUCUGAGAGCCCCUGGGCAUUUCUCUAAAACUAUUACCAGUUUUAUUUAUCGCAAUUAUUUUCAUAUGCUUUUUUCAAGGGACUUCCUCACAAGAACAAAAUCAUAUAGCUUGUUAAAAAAGCAAAUAAAUAAAGCACACGAGGAAACUAUAGACUGGCACUGGAUAACCUUUCUUAGGCUCAGGUGGGCAUUUCUAGAUGGCAUCAACAGGGGAUGUGAGGAGUGCAGGGAAGGACUGCCAAGCUGGGUCUUUGCUACUCAGGACACAAUACCUGGUCAGAAGGGCUAUAGGUCAGCAAGCAAGGCCAGGAGGGCGUCCCACAGUGCCUCUGGGAGGGAAGAAAAGUAGGAGCGGAGUCAUCCCACCUCUUCUCCCUUCGUAGCUACAGGGUCAAAGAAAAGCAAUAGGAGGGAAGGACAAACUCCAGAAAAGCUGGCUGCUGCUUCCUGUUACACUAGUUUCCAUAGGUUCAGUCCACUGUCUUAUAAGACAUAUAGUGCCAUUGAAAGUUCUUCCAGCAGGUAUCAGGUCAGAAGGGAGAAUGACCCCCAUUAAAUUAACAGAGCCAUCUCCCUCCUCACAGACCACGGAGGUAUCCAGGGAUAGAUUCCAGGGGACCUGUGAACUUAGAAAAGGAAAAAAAAAUACAACCCUACAUCUUUAUUUCAAUAUAACUGGUUUCAUUUGUAAUCUUACUUAUUUUAUUUUGUGCCUUUUAAAACCGUUAUUGUGAGGAAUCCUACAUGCCUAAGAUAAAACGCAUUAGGAUUAUAAAGCAAACUGUUAUGCAGAGGAGUAUAUAGGCUUCACUAGAUUGCCAAAGGUGUCCAUAACACAAAAAAGAUUGACUCCUGGGGCCACAGUCUUGAAUCAAGAUAAUCCUGCCCUGUGUCUCUGCUAGGAAAGCAUCCCCUGAAUCUGUGACCCAUGGAGAAAUAUCCCUGAGCUGACCAGGUAGGAGAGAGACAGGCUCUUUACUGCCGCCCUCCCUGUUCACACAGCCAGAUGGGAUUAGCUGUUAACUAUGAUGCUGUAAGGGACAGCGGAGCCAAGGACACCUGGGAACACUCUCCCCAUUCGUGAGUCGUUGCUAUCCAUCAUCAUGCCCACCACGUUACCAAAGACGAUGGGAACUAGGCCUACCCAGUAACACACAUGCCCUUAGCUCAAGGACAGGAACCUUCUCUGGAAGAGGAAGGGAGUAGCCGUGUGUCCCUCCCAAGGAAACUGCUAUUUGAGAGAGCUCAAGAAGAAGGCAAUGAGAACUUCAAAGGAAUCGCUUGAUAAUAGUGAAAUGAAGCACAGGGAAAAUAUCACUGAUUUGGAGUCAGAAGACCUGGGUUCGAAUCCCACUCCUGAUAUUACUUGAGUGACCUUGAGUAAAUCACUCUCUGGACCUCAGUUUCUUCAGCUGUAAAAUGGAGUUCGGGUAGACUAGUUGGCCUCUGAGGUCCCUUUCAGCUCCAAAACUAUGACCCUGUAAAUUUUAGGCCUUGGAGCUUUUGUUCACCUUCCUUGAGGGGCAAGAGACUUUGGGUAUUAAACAUUUUUCUUUCCCCACUCAGACUCUCUCAAAAGAGGGUUUAAUUAUCAGGUAACAAUCCAAUAGAAAGAAAAGCCUUAUUGAUUGAGCACAAGUGAUCUAUGCAUGGGCCAACAGGGGAAUCCCUAGACAACAUACAAAACUAUCAACAACAAACUCCACAUGGUAACAAUUCAGUCCUUAACAACAAUCUACUGGUAUGUAAAACUCCCUCCACUCACAUGGAUCAGUUAAUCAAUAAACAAUUUUUGUGCCACUCACUACUAUGCGCCAGGCACUGUGCUAAGUGCUAGGGAUACAAAAAGAGGCAAAAGAUGGUCCCUGCCCUCAAGCAGUUUACAAUCUAAUGGAGAGACAACAAGCAAACAAAUAUGUACAAACACAAGAAGAAAAUAACUAAAAGGGAGAAGGCACUGGAAUUAAGGGGUGUUAGGAAAGGCUUCCUGGAAAACAUGGGACUUUAGUUGGAACUUAAAGAAAGCCAGGGAGGUCAACAGGACUUUGUUUUGGUCACAAGAAAGGCUGGUGAGUGUGGAUGACUCAAUGUUCCCUGUUCCUACUAAUUAAAAAACUAACUCCAAGUGUGCAUCUUCUGUAGGUGGUGGGUCAGAAGCCCCAUUCUAAUUCUCUAUGGAAAAUAGAAUCACUAACUAAUCAAUAAAU